AUGGGAAAACUGGCCAGGCUGGGGGUGCAGGAGAGGCCGUUACUCCGGCCCAAGAAGCGUCAGUGGAGUCGCCUCCUCUUCCUUCUAGGAAUGCUGUUCGUUAGUUCCUCCUACCAGCACCUGAGGGGCCCCUGGGGUCUCUCCCCACUGUGGGCAGCAGGGUCUUCUCAGCAUCCUGUACAGCUGGCCAGCCAGGACCUCUCCAGGGAUGGGAUGGCGGCAGUGAGCGGUGAGCCUGCAGACGCUGUCCCUCCUACGGAGGGGGAGAUGAUGAUGCCACAGGCCACAGAGGGCAGGGAGGAAGAAACACCUGGAAUCACCAUGGAGAGCACCCCCAGUUCACCCAGAGGAAAAGCCAACAUCACUCCAGCAACACCAAAGGAGAACAGCCAACCAACAGCAACAGGCAAAGAAAGAGUGAUGGUGAACACGCUGCCCCCCACCGGCAGAGCAGUGAACCUGUACAGUCUAACUGUGGGCAAAGCAGCUGGAAAGGAUGACCCCCCGACACCCAAGGGAGAACCAGAGAGCCACUCCCCAACUCAAGUCAGAGAAAAAGUGAAAAAAGACACUGCAUCCCCACUUGGGAGGAUAGUGGACAAUUAUGCGGCAUCCACACCCCUGAAAACUAGUAGUCACGAGACCGCUCCCAGCCCAACAGUGAGAAACAGUGCACCUAGAGCAGUGACCUACAAGACAGUGGGGACCAGUGCCCCCAGGAGAAAAAGAACAGGAACCACCCCAACUACACUCAAGGGAAUAACUGAUACCACUCCAAUCUCCCUGACAAACGAGGUAGAAAUGAACAUCGUGACCUCUCCAAGGAGUACAGUGAAAAAGAACACCCCAACUCCCCCCAAAAGAGUGGAAAGUAACAGCUUCACUAGACUCUGGAGACAAGUGGGGAAUAACAGAACGACCCCCCAGAGAGCAGUCCCUGAGCAGCCCCCCACUGUCUCUGAGGGGCCAGCACUGACCAGCAGCCCAGCAGAGACCAAAACCUCCACAGGCCAGAGCCUUAGGAAGUCUUCACCCCGAGCCAGCGAACCAGCCACCACCAGCUCAAGCAGGAAACCCACCUCGACACACAGCCCCUUAGUAACCCCCUGGGGCAGGGCAAACCCCACCACCCAGGUCCGUGGUUGUGUGAUCUUGGAACGAGUGCCAGCUCUGCCCACCACCUUGUCCCCGAGGCUGACGACAGAGGAACCGAGUCCCAGCCCCUCAGUAGUGCUGCCUUCCAGCCAGCCAACCCUCCACCCCAAGGGGGAGUACCCCCCGGACCUGUUUUCUGUGCAGGAGCGGCGGCAGGGCUGGGUGCUCUUGCACAUCUUUGGCAUGAUGUACGUGUUUGUGGCCCUGGCCAUCGUGUGUGAUGAGUUCUUUGUCCCCGCCCUGGGGGUUAUCACAGAGAAGCUGCAGAUCUCCGAGGAUGUGGCAGGGGCAACAUUCAUGGCUGCUGGCGGCUCUGCCCCCGAGCUCUUCACCUCCCUCAUUGGCGUCUUCAUCUCCCACAGCAACGUGGGCAUCGGCACCAUUGUGGGCUCUGCUGUCUUCAACAUCCUCUUUGUCAUCGGCACCUGCUCCCUCUUCUCCCGGGAGAUCCUCCAUCUCACCUGGUGGCCCUUGUUCCGUGAUGUCUCCUUCUACAUCCUGGACCUGAUGAUGCUCAUCCUCUUCUUCCUAGACAGCCUCAUUGCCUGGUGGGAGAGUCUACUGCUGCUGCUAGCCUAUGCCUUCUAUGUGUUCACCAUGAAAUGGAACAAGCAGCUUGAGCUCUGGGUAAAGGAACAGCUCAGCAGGAGGCCCACAGUCAAGGUCGUGGCCCUUGGGAACCUCAGCAAGCCAGUUGAUGGGGCCAUUGCGGAGGAAACACCACCGGAUAACAAGAAGCUGAAGCUCCCGUCUGUGCUGACCCGAGGCAGCAGCUCGGCCUCUCUGCAUAACAGCACCGUCCGAAGCACCAUCUACCAGCUCAUGAUCCACAGCCUGGACCCUCUAGGGGAUGCCCAGUACACCAGGGAUAAGGAAGAGGAGAACUUGAAGCAGGAGAUGAGAGCUAAGCCCCUGGCCAAAGCAGAAAGCAAACCAGAAGAGGAGGAGCCAGCUGAGCUCCCUGCGGUCACAGUCACACCAGCCCCUGCUGCAGAUGUCCAGGGAGAUCAGGAGGAAGAUCCUGACAGCCAGGAAGGAAAUGGGAACAAAGCCCAGUGCACAGGCGAAAUUACAGGAGAGGUGGAAGCUCCUGAUGAAGGUGAAGCAGGAGGGCAAGGUCAAGGUGAAGGACAGUGCGAAAGUGAAGGGGAAGUGGAAGCAGAAAGGAGAGAAGAUGAAUGUGAAGAUGAAACUCAGACAGCAGGAGUUGAUGAAAUCCAGACAGGAGAUGGUGACAUGCAGACAGCAGGAGAUGAUGACAUGAAAGGUGAUGAAGGUGAACUUGAAGGUCAGGAAUCCAAAGCUGAAAAGCCAGGUGAUGAGAAGAACACAGAUGGUGAAGAGGGAGGCAAUGAAGGUGAUAGUGAAGAAGAAGAAGAAGAAGAAGAUGAUGAUGAUGAUGAUGAAGACGACGACGACGACGAGGAAGAUGAUGACGACGACGAGAACGAGGAGCCUCUGUCCCUGGAGUGGCCCAGCACCAAGCGGAAGCAGGCCAUCUACCUCUUCCUCCUGCCCAUCGUGUUCCCGCUGUGGCUGACGAUCCCUGACGUCCGGAGGCUGGAGUCGAGGAAGUUCUUCGUUCUCACGUUCCUGGGCGCCAUCAUAUGGAUCGCCUUGUUCUCGUACCUGAUGGUGUGGUGGGCUCACCAGGUUGGUGAAACCAUAGGGAUUUCAGAGGAGAUUAUGGGUUUGACGAUCCUAGCAGCAGGCACCUCCAUUCCUGACCUCAUCACCAGCGUGAUUGUCGCUCGGAAAGGCCUGGGAGACAUGGCCGUGUCAAGCUCUGUGGGCAGUAACAUAUUUGAUAUCACUGUGGGCUUGCCUGUUCCCUGGUUGCUGUUUUCCUUUUUCAAUGGAUUACUGCCUGUUCCAGUCAGCAGCAACGGCUUGUUUUGUGCGAUUGUUUUGCUUUUCCUCAUGCUCCUGUUCGUGAUUUUCUCCAUUGCAUCAUGCAAAUGGAAAAUGAACAAGAUCCUGGGCUUCACCAUGUUCCUCCUGUACUUUGUAUUCCUGAUAAUGAGCGUACUUUUAGAAGAUCGAAUUAUAUCUUGUCCUGUAUCUGUCUGA